AUGAGUUCGAGUCCUUCCCCUGGUUCCUCUCAUUCUGCGCCGACCAUACCGGCGAAGCGUAAAUGGACGAGCAAGAUGAUGAAAACGUGGGUGGCGACGGAUCCUUCGUUGACGGAGCCGGUCGUCCACCACGGAGACAAAAAGGCGGCAGCGAGGCUCGAAAGGAAGAAGAAACAGAGGAUUGACCACGAGGCAGCCAAACUGGCGCCGCCUACUCACCGUCUUAUUUACCCGCCUAAUCACGCCCGUGCGCCACCUCCGCAACCGAAGCUUGAUCUCGAUGGACUAUUCAGCUUUUUCGACGACAAUGAAGGCACGAAAGACGAACCAGAUACCAUAACCGCGGGUGCACAAAAUGUGGCAACACCAGCCACUCACCAAGACGAAGUGCAUGGUUCUCAUUCGAUAGCAGACGGGGCCGACAUGACACCCGAUGAUGCGGGGCCGAGUGAAAAUGCUGACCUCCGAAAGGAAGGACAUGUGCCGCAGGGUGGUGACCGCACCGCCGCGCAAGCCGACACAUGCGGUGGGCAUCCACCACUCGGGUCGCAUCAAGUUCACCGGGGCGAAAACGACAACCGUGACUGGAACACGCAACUUAGUGGUAUUGUCCGCCCCGCAAGUGCUCCUCCGUAUAACGCUGCCUCCUAUACGUUCAAUGCUACCUCCGACAACGACGCGACGACUGGGCGUGCGAUGAUUGGCGACCGAUCUUCACCAUCCCGCUCUUCCUUCUCCGCCGGCGCGCCUCUGACGUCGUCGACCUUCACCAGGCGCGACAUCGACAUCAGGAUGCGUGAGAAAGCAGUGAACAGCCGCGAGGACUUUGUGCACGAACGCAAAGCGGCCGUCGACAAGCGCGAGCAGGAGGUCAACAGGCGCGAAGUCACUAUGAAAACCCGUGAGGCGUCCGUGAACAAGCGCGAGCACACUGUCCACAAGCGCGAGGUCGCGAUCGACAACCGCGAGGCCGCAGUCGACAACCGAGAGGCCGCGGUCAACAACCGCGAGGACGCGGCAGAUAAGCGCGACGAGGCGGUCCGCAUCCGAGAGGAUUCAGUCGCCAUGCGCGCUCAUGCGUCCGAGUUGCGCCUGAACGAUAUUGAGAGGCGAGAAGCAGAGGCGGCGGCACUACAACACACACUUGGCGAUAGAGAGGUCGCCCUUGCGAAGCGCGAGGUCCACCUCAACAUGCGCGCGAAUGACCUCGACAAGCGGAUGAACGAACUCGAUACGCGCCAUAACGAGCUCAUCAACCGCGCAGACGACCUCGCGAUGCGGGAGGAGGCCCUCACCAGGCUCGAGGGCGACAUGAAGAUCCGCUGCGAAGACCUCGAGAAGCGCCUACAAGCUGUCGCGCAUCGAGAGGUGCUUUCGGCGGAGCGGCACGAUGCUCUCGAAAAACGGGAGGAGGCGACUGCAACGCGUGAAGAGGACAUCACCAGGCGCGAGGAAGCCCUUCGUAAGGGGCUAGAAGCGCUCACCCUACGAAAGGAUGCCCACGUCGGGCACGAUAUCCCCGUUCCACAUAUGGAGGGGAAAGGCGAUGGGGCGGAGUCAUUCAACGUAGGUUGGCGGAAGUUCGGUCCGCAGGGUCGGGACAUAAUUCUCUGGCCCACGAACUUGGUGACCACGACUCCCUUCGUGCCCGACGUGCGAAGAGGGAAGCGCGGCAGAAAUAAGCUGAAAUGGGACUGUACUUACGUGAAGACCGUUGCCCGCACCUUCAAAAGCUCCAGAGAUCGCCCCGAUCUCUGCGUGCAUGCGACAUUCACCACCCGAGAGGCGGCGUUCAAACUCAUAGCUGAGUGCACCGCCAACGGUAAGCCGCUCGUCUUCGACAAUUUCCCCGAUUCCGUCGCUUGGGCGCAAGCAUGCACUUCGGUUGAUGACGACCCGUUCAUGAAUCCCCUUACGUGGUCCAUCGACCGGCUGGAGGGCGUCGUAGGCGCUAACGUCCUGACCCCACGCGACUUCCAAGACGCCCCUCUCAGAGAGAAGAACCCACUCGCGCCCUAUGCCACUGCGACUCUUCUCGACUUCCAUGCUUGGCUGAAGAUGCCUGACAAAGUGCGGUGCAUCCUUGACCUAACGUGCGGGUUCCCCCAACGCGACAACGUCACGGACCGGAUCGCCGACAACGUCAUCGAGACCAUCUCCUCAACACCCGGCAACAGAUACAGCGGGCAUUUCAACGUCGCUGCGGACAUAAUGAAGACUCUCGAUUGGUUCCUCCUGCACACCGCUGGUUUCCUCACCUUCGGCCACAUCGACGCGAGCGGUAUGGCGACGUCGGCAGAGAUACGCGGAGGCGGACUGAAGGAAUGGUUCAUCUUCGUCGCGACCAACAUGCCGAAGCCACAACCGGGCGAUACAAGACUGCAGCGUCGACGAGUACAUGCGCGACUCAUCCUUCGUGUCCUCGAACUUAUUCAGGCUGCGAGCACGGAUUCGCUGGAGGCCCCCAAAUCGGUACAUGGUGUUGCGCCCGACUGGCAGGUAGAUGGCUGCAUCAUCGAACUGAGGCCCGGCAUGAAGUAUUACCAGCCAGCUGGAACUGUUCACGGCGCCUUCACGCCCGUUCCCACCGCCGCGGCCGGUAAACAUUACUUCACGUACGACGAUCUGCAUCGGAUGGAAGUAUCCAGGAGGGUCCAGAUCGCCAAGGACGGAGUUACGAAUCACAACCACAAUUGCGGUGUCCAGUUGAUGCUCAUCUCCAUGGCCGCUGCUCUGCCAAUACGAUCCACUACCGGGCAAGUCUUCUACAGGAAGCCCAUGAUUGCCAUGGCCCUUAUGCUCGUCCGCCCCAAGGACUACAUCAAGGAGGCCGAGGCACCCGAGCAGCUUAGCGGCGACGACGACAAGGAGACGAAGGCGAAGAACGCGGAGCGUUUGGCCGAGUACACCAUGACCGAGCGACUACGAUCAGAUACGUGGGCGGAGGAGGGUACGGCAUUCGAUCGACUCGCGUAUACCGUGGCCACCACGAUUCUGAUCGCGUGCAAGACGAAGUAUCCCGGCGACUCGAGAGCGAAGGCACCUGGGCCAGAAUACAUCCUUGAAGGCGAGCGGUGGGAUGACCCAGGUCCUCCUUUGGACGUUAGAGGGCUCAUGGACGAUCUGCGCGUCAAGCACGUCGACGAAGUGACCAAGCGGUUCGCCCCUUCGGACUCUGAGCCGGAUUCUGAGGCUGAGUCAGACUCUGAGAGCGAUCUGACGGACCUGGACUAG